UUCAGCUCUAGGAAAUAGUGAGAGAGCCUGGCCAGCGGGCAGCAAACCGAGUUCCACAGGAAUACAGCUGAGGGGUGCAAACCGUGUGGACCCUCAUGGCUGAGAAGCUCCCAAUGGAGAUUGAGCUGUGGAAUGGAGCUUCUGCCCAAGAUGCUUCGCAGGUCCUCCAAGACAGCUUGUUCUCCUCUGAAAGUGACAACAGCCUGUACUUCACCUACAGUGGCCAGUCCAACACUCUGGAGGUCAAAGACCUCACCUACCAGGUGGACAUGGCCUCCCAGGUGCCUUGGUUUGAACAGCUGGCUCAGUUCAAGAUACCUUGGUUGUCUCGAAAGAGCCAUGACUCUUGUGAGCUGGGCAUCCAGAACCUGAGCUUCAAAGUGAGAAGUGGACAGAUGCUGGCCAUCAUAGGGAGCUCAGGCUGCGGGCGAGCCUCCUUGCUAGAUGUGAUCACAGGCCGAGACCAUGGUGGCAAGCUGAAGUCGGGCCAAAUCUGGAUCAACGGGAAGCCCAGCACGCCCCAGCUGGUGAGGAAGAGCGUGGCCCACGUGCGCCAGCACGACCAGCUGCUGCCCAACCUGACCGUCCGGGAGACCCUGGCCUUUGUGGCCCAGAUGCGGCUUCCCAGGACCUUCUCCCAGGCCCAGCGUGACAAACGGGUAGAGGACGUGAUCGCGGAGCUGCGGCUGCGGCCCUGUGCCAACACCCGCGUGGGCAACAUGUACGUGCGCGGGGUGUCCGGGGGUGAGCGCCGGCGGGUCAGCAUCGGGGUGCAGCUGCUGUGGAACCCAGGCAUCCUCAUGCUGGACGAGCCCACCUCCGGCCUCGACAGCUUCACCGCCCACAACCUGGUGAAAACCUUAUCCCGGCUGGCCAAAGGCAACAGGCUGGUGCUCAUCUCGGUCCACCAGCCGCGGUCGGACAUCUUCAGGCUGUUCGACUUGGUUCUCCUGAUGACAUCAGGCACCACCAUCUACCUGGGGGCUGCGCAGCACAUGAUCCAGUACUUCACCGCCCUGGGCUACCCCUGUCCCCGCUACAGCAACCCGGCCGACUUCUACGUGGACUUGACCAGCAUUGACAGACGCAGCCGAGAACAGGAAGUGGCCACCAGGGAGAAAGCUCAGUCACUUGCGGCCUUGUUUCUGGAAAAAGUCCGUGGCUUUGAUGACUUCCUGUGGAAAGCGGAUUCCAGGGAGCUGGAGGCAAGCGCCCCGGCUGUGAGCCCGACCCUGCCACAGGACGCCGACUGCUCACCGCCCCAGCCACCUGGGGCCCUACCACAAUUUGCUACCCUGAUCCGCCGUCAGCUUUCGAAUGACUUCCGAGACUUGCCAACCCUCCUUAUCCAUGGGGCUGAGGCCUGCCUGAUGGCUCUGAUCAUUGGCUUUCUCUACUACGGUCACGGGGCCACUGAGCUCUCCUUCAUGGACACGGCAGCCCUCUUGUUUAUGAUUGGAGCGCUCAUCCCUUUCAAUGUGAUUCUGAGUGUCACCUCCAAAUGUCACUCGGAGAGAGCCAUGCUGUACUAUGAGCUGGAGGAUGGGCUGUACACCACGGGCCCAUACUUCUUUGCCAAGAUCCUAGGGGAGCUGCCUGAGCACUGUGCCUACACCAUCAUCUACGGGAUGCCCAUCUACUGGCUGGCCAACCUGCGGCCAGGCAUUGAGCCCUUCCUGCUGCACUUCAUGCUGGUGUGGCUGGUGGUCUUCUGCUGCAGGACCAUGGCCCUGGCUACCGCCGCCAUGCUGCCCACCUUCCACAUGUCCUCCUUCUUCUGCAAUGCUCUCUAUAACUCCUUCUACCUCACCGGGGGCUUCAUGAUAAACCUGGAUAACUUGUGGACAGUGCCUGCGUGGAUUUCCAACGUGUCCUUCCUCCGGUGGUGUUUCUCAGGACUGAUGCAAAUUGAGUUUAACGGGCAUCUUUUGAGCCUGCAAGUUGGCAACGUCACAUACAGUGUCCUAGGAGAUAAAAUGCUCAGUUCCAUGGACCUGAACUCACACCCACUCCACAUCAUCUACGUCAUCAUUAUGGGCAUCAGCAGUGGUUUCCUGUUCCUGUACUAUAUGUCCUUAAGGUUUAUCAAACAGAAGUCAAGUCAAGACUGGUGAUGCAUACCCAGACUCCUGUGCACUGGUUGGGACUUAAGCAGAUCUUGAAUUGCAUUCCCUGCCUCCCAAGGAGCCCCUGCCUGGUGACAAUUAGGACAACAAGGAUACAGAUGCUCAGUGACAUCUGCCCCAUGGUGCUGCAGUGGCACAGGUCAGCCACAGGAUGGCAGUAGAAUAAAGACAGUUGAAAGGGAAAUUGUAAUCACUGCCCAGAGCUUUGAAGGUUGGGAAGGAGAAAACGGGAACUUGGUGGCAUCUACAACAUUGCUAAUUUAUUUCCUUUGGAAAUGCCUCUAAAAAGGCAUCACAGGGUAGGAUGAGAGAAGGAAUUCAGUAGCUGAGCUCCUCAGGGAUUGCUAGAACCCAGAGAGAACAAUGUAAUAAGAGCCAGCAAAAUGUUUAGCCUCAUCCUCUAUAGUUCCCCCAGACGGUGAGUUAAUGCCAUUCUCAAUAGUGAGUUAUCUCAGGCCUGAAAGUGUAACUGGUGGUAGAGCAUGUGCCUAGCCUAUACCAGAGCCCACAAAUGAUCCUCAACGCUGCAAGAGAACAAGUGACCUAAUGCUCGCUAGAGAGAUGUGGGUCUCAUUUGUGUAUGGUCAUGGGCUCCAAGAGCCUAAGUGAACAAUUGAAAAUUGAUUGAACAUCUGGAUCCAUGGCAGAUCUGGUGCAAAAUAUGUGAAUGUGGAUAUCAUUGCUUAUUAUUAUUAAGAUAGUCCUUAGCAGGAAGGGGCGUCCCACUGUAUAGGUGAGGCCACAGAGGCACAAAUUCACUUUGCCAAGGGCACAUAACUACUAUGUGGUGGAGUGGUGAAGGGUUCAGAAAAGACUUGGAGGUCUUUUAGGAAUUAGAAGAAGGUGAAGCCUGAAAGGCCACUAUAAGGUCUAGACACCGAGGAUAGGUCUAGAAAUGGGUUAUAGAGCUGGGUGUGAACCACCAGGGUUAGAGACUAGGAGCUGAAAAGUUCACAAGAUUCCAUCUCAACCAAUGGCCACUUGUGAUGGCACAUCUUGUUACCUCAGCAGCAGGGGAAGAACAAUGGCUGACUCCUGGAUUCUGAGCAAGUGAGGCCAGGGAAGAGAAGGGCCAGGGCUCUAGGGGCACAUGUGCCUUGCCCCACAUUGCAAAGAGGGUAGAAUUUACUUGUGACUCCUAAGAGCAUGGGUUGUAAACUUUUCCUGCUAAGGGUUGGGUGGUCAAUGUUUCAGGUCAUAGUCUUCAUCACGGUUCUGUUACUCUGCUAUUACUGUGCGAAGGCCGCCCCAGACAAUACUCAAGCGUAGGUACUGUGACUGUGAACAGAAUGACAUAGGCAGCUGGCUGGAUUUGGCUGGAGGGGAUGGUUUGAACAUCUUAGGUGGAAAUGAUUUUGAAAUUUGCACUUUAAGCUCUCUAAUUCUAAGUUACACUAUUGAUGGGGGAAUUUUAAUUAAACCAAAA